GCCACGGUGCUCGCAGUGCUGGGUGAGGGGUAUUGUGUGUCGGUGCUGGGCGAUGGCGCGCACGAAGCAGACGGCGCGUAAGUCGACGGGCGGGAAGGCGCCCCGCAAGCAGCUGGCCACCAAGGCUGCGCGCAAGAGCGCGCCGGCCACGGGCGGCGUCAAGAAGCCGCACCGCUACCGGCCCGGCACGGUGGCGCUGCGCGAGAUCCGGCGCUACCAGAAGUCGACGGAGCUGCUGAUCCGCAAGCUGCCCUUCCAGCGCCUGGUGCGCGAGAUCGCGCAGGACUUCAAGACCGACCUGCGCUUCCAGAGCUCGGCCGUCAUGGCGCUGCAGGAGGCCAGCGAGGCCUAUCUGGUGGGGCUCUUCGAGGACACCAACCUGUGCGCCAUCCACGCCAAGCGCGUCACCAUCAUGCCCAAGGACAUCCAGCUGGCCCGGCGCAUCCGCGGCGAGCGCGCAUAGGCUUUAUAAGAACGUCUACUACCUGUGUUAAAAUAUUUAAACCACCCCAAAGGCUCUUUUAAGAGCCGCUAAAUUCCCAAUAAAAGGAGCUGUGGCACAGUUGUCAAAUAGCGUUUUAUUGAGUGGGCAAGGAGCGAUUUUGCAGAGGUACAUUUUUUAUAUGGGGACCUUGAGAUUAUGUAAAAUGCACUGAUCAGUCCACAAAAACAACUUUUAUCUAGAGCCAAGGGCUUUUGGAGCCCCUUCGUGCAGACUGAAUUUUGUUGUACAUUUGCUCUGAUACGUAUGAUUAGAAAAUACCCUUUACAACUCCUCGCAAGUUUUGUAUUUCCUUUAUUUU